AUGGCCGAGACGUGUAUAGUCUGCCUCGGCGAUCUCGUCCCCCUCGACGACGGCCCUACCGCCACCGCAUCAUCGCUGGCGACCAAGCCGCUUGAGGAUGGCGCUGAUGUCGACCUCCAAUCACAUGCCAAGGAUAAGAUGGCGGCCGUAGAGUCUACCAAGGAGGACGAUUUGGUCGCACAUUUACUGCCAUGCGGCCACGAUCUGCACAACGAGUGUCUCAAGCCCUGGGUCGAACGAGCGAACAGUUGCCCUAUAUGUCGAGCCAGUUUCAACAUGGUCGAGCUCAGCGCGCGCGUUGGAGGACCCAAACUAUCCGAGUACGCCGUGCAAGACAAGCAGCAAGUCGCCGAUAUCGAUCCGUCCAUGAUCAUCGACGACGACUACAUACUGGAGGAUGACGGAAGCUACGAUGCAUGCAUGGUCUGUGAUGAAUUCGGCGACGCAUCGCAGCUCAUGUACUGCCAUAGCUGCGAACAACUCUGCCAUGUCUUCUGUGCUGGACUCGACCGGAUGCCAUCUCGCGGGCCCUGGUAUUGCCAGGGCUGUGUUGAGAAUCCUAGUCUGCUGGAAGCCGCGUCCCGACGACGACCUGCAGUACGAGGUCCCGCUGCCUGGAUCAACGGCCGGAGCCGUGUGCCGCGUCACAAUCAUGCCCCUGACGAAUGGGUGGGCGUCUGGCAGAGCGUCUGGGACCGAUUGCAGUUUGACAUCGAGUUCCCCUUUGACGAGGAAGAACAGUCUGAGAACCAGUCAGAUGCCACGCGACGCGAUGACCGUAGAUGGGAGCAGCGCAUGCGAGUCGCACGACAGGCCGGAGCCGGCACUCGCUUCCAAAUCGCCACUGACAAUGUUGUAACCGGUCGACGCCGCAACUCCAACGCCGCUACACGACCCACGAAUCGAACGCUUCAUCGCGAGCCACCAAAGACACCAAAAGAUCCAGAGUCACAGGAAGAACUGCGGGCGUGGAACCAAUUCGAGAAGGCGCGCGAGCAGCUAGCCCAAGGUGACGCACGUCCUGCCCCCAGCGUAGCGAGUACCAGUAGCCGAAGAGGCCGCAAACGCAAGUCCAUCGACUCCUCUCCUGCCGAUUCUGAGCCUCGCGAGCAGAAGCCAGAACGCAAGCUCAAGCGCCCUCGAACCCGUAUGCACCUGGACAACGGAGAGUCAUCAUCGGCAGCCGCACGCCGCAACACGGUGGCUAGCACGCACGCUCCUGCUGCUGCUGCAUCAUCGCCCCCUGCAGUUCCAACCGGUGAGAGUUCAACUCCCGCGCCUGGUUUUCUGCAAUCGUUGCUUCAGGAGGUCGAGGUCGACCGGUUUGCCGAGCGCGACAAGGAGAUCGCCGCCCCACAGCCCCGGCGCAUCAUCGUGGAGCGCGCUUGUUCUCCCCAACAUUCCUCCCCAGGUCUGUCGCCGGUCUACCAGAAACCUCCCGGCAUGUCCACACCGCCGCCUCUUAAUCUUACUCGCACCACAUCACCUGUACAACAGGACCAGCAAUUGUCGCCAACCUACUCGCCGUAUUCCCCUGCAGACGACGACCGCCCCGGACGUCGCACACUCGCGCAUCGCUCUGUCGGCCUCAGCAGCCCCCCUCGCUCGAAGGACUCGUCGCCUAGCCGGCCGACCCUCUCGUAUUCUACCAAAGCUGAACUGCAGCGCAUGGUUACAGCUGUGUUAAAACCCAUUUACCUGAAGAAAGAAGUCACGAAACAGGAGUAUACCGACGUCAAUCGCGACGUAUCACGUUUGCUAUACGAAAAGGUUGGUGAAGCUGGUGCUGAUGCGUUGGCGGAUCAAGGCACGCGGGAGAAAUGGCAGAAGAUGGCGACCACUGAAGUUGACGUUGCGCUGAAAGCUCUUCGGGCCGGUGGAGCCUCGCUUUCGCCCUCUGGUGAAGAUUCUGCGUCAUCGUCCUCAUAA